AUGUCCGACGUCGAGCCCGCUGAGCCACCUGCACUUUUGGGCGAGGAGCCUGUGGCCAAACCUAUCGUAGAAGAGGUUCCAGAAGAGCCUUCAGAAGCCACGGUUGCGGAAACAGCACCCGUCCCCGAACCAGAAGAAACAGUAUCGAGCCCUGAGCCGCCGCCUGUCGCAGCAGUUGAAGAAGACACACCUAUCUCGCAACCUGAACCUGCCCCUGCAUAUACGGCUGUCGACAACCCAGUGGAGUCCGAACACGACGCUAUCGCAGCAGCUCCUGCAGAAACACUCGCACCGAUUUCUGAGGAUGCAGCAGCGCCAUUACAAAAGGCGGCAUCAGUGCCCCAUGAGACGGAGCCUGCGACCGUAGCGAAGUCUGCAACCAUCCCAUCCCAAGCGGCAGCAGCUCCCACUGUGCCAGAUCCAGCUGUAUCGGCCGUUCCCGAGACUACGUCCGCGCCAGAUCUUUCGGCAGUGAAGACAGAAGUAGCAAAAGCUGCUGCCGCCGCAGACACGAAAUCUUUGACGCCUAGCAAAAAAGAUAGAGCCAAGGCCAAGAUACUCGGCAAGGUUGUACCGAAGGUUGCAGCAUUGCGUGCACCCAAAGAAGUGACUCCCCUACUGGUGCUUCUCACGCAGAAGAAGAAGGCUGGUGUUGAUGUCCAGCCUAUCGUAGAAAGCAUGCUUAAGGUUGGCGCCGGUCCAUGA